AUUUGCUCCAUUGCAAUGUUUUGCAAUUAAAAUUUAUCAUUUUUUUUAUCAUUUGACCCUUUUUUUGUAAUUAAUUUGAUUGUUAUAAAUCUAUAAAAUAACGAUAUUUGUAUAUUUUUUGUUGUUGAAAACAUUAAUAUCAUUUGAUGGAGGAUUCAUCAUUACGACGAGAAUUGGCCAUUGCCGUCCUUCGUGUUGGUUUAAUCGCAGCUGCAUCAUAUCUGACCGUUAAAUGGAUGAUCAAUGCCAUCGAUCCGACAAGAAAACAAAAAUCAAAAGCCAAAGAAAAGGCGGAAAAAACCUUACAAAAAAUUGGUAUAUCAUCAUAUAAAAAUGUACUAACUGAAUAUGAAUUAACAAUAGCAUCACAGUUAAUAAACCCUGAAGAAUUGGACAUAACUUGGAAUGAUAUUGCCGGUUUAGAUGAAAUUAUUGAUGAAUUACAAACUACGGUCAUAUUGCCAUUGAAAGUACCGAAUUUAACAAUUUAUUCCAAAUUACAUGAACCACCAAAAGGUGUUCUACUAUAUGGGCCACCCGGUGUAGGAAAAACAAUGGUAGCCAAAGCGACUGCUAAAGAAGCUGGUGCAAGAUUCAUCAAUUUAGACAUAUCAGCAUUGACUGAUAAAUGGUAUGGAGAAUCACAAAAAUUAGCAGCCGCAGUAUUCACCUUGGCAAUCAAAAUACAACCUUGUAUCAUCUUCAUUGAUGAGAUUGAUUCGUUUCUACGUAAACGUGAAACACAUGAUCAUGAAGCUACAUCAAUGAUGAAGGCACAAUUUAUGAUACUUUGGGAUGGCCUUAUUUCUAAUAAUAAUUGUUCGGUAAUUGUUAUGGGUGCAACAAAUCGUCCGAGUGAUGUUGACUACGCAAUACGAAGACGUAUGCCGGCUACUUUCCGCAUUGGUCUGCCUAAUCUUGAUCAAAGGCAACAAAUAUUGAAGCUAAUAUUAUCGAAAGAAUCGCUUGAUGAUAAUGUUGAUCUUGAAACAUUGGCCAAACAAUGUGAUACAUUUAGUGGUUCUGAUCUAAAAGAAUUAUGUCGACUUUCAGCAAUGAUACGCAUAAAAGAAUUAUCAAAUUCAUGUUCUAAUCAAAUUGAUCAUACAAAUGUUGAUCAAUUUAUGUUAAAUUUACGUCCAAUCAAAAUGAACGAUUUCAUGAUGGCAUUGGAAAAAAUGAAACGAACUAAGAAUAAUGUACUUUUAAAUGGUUCGGAAUUUUUAGAUAAUUUAACCUAUGAUUGAAAAUAAUUUUGUCAUAUAAAUUCUAUUCAUCAUCAUAAUCAUCUUAAUAUAUUGUUUAUUGAAAAACAUCUUAGUAUGGCAGCAACAGAAAAAAAAUUGUU